CGGAUAUAAAUGCCGUUGUAUAUAAAUAAAUGUAGAUUUUCUGUCAAAAAGAAAAGACACUACCGACAGGAAUUGUGUAUUAUUAUUUAACUUGAUAGAUUCCUUAAUAAUUAAUUUGUUGUUAUGUAAACCAAUUAUCAAAUUAUGUUCAAUUCAGAUUUAUAUCCAACAAUAACACCUAUAAAUGAUACAUCUAGAUUACAAACCAAAUUUACUGUAGAACCUAUAAAUGUACUUCCAUAUGAUAUUACUCCUAAUUCAUCAGUAUUUACUAAGAAAUGGCGUAUUUUUUUUGCACGACGUUUAAGUCAUAAUAUCAACACUACAAAAUCAUUAGUCAAUACGGAUUAUCCAUUAUCAGCUAUGAAUCGAUUUAAUAAUAAUAAUAAUAAUGAUUCUAUUGAAAAGAAUAAGUCAAAACAUUUCAUAGAAAUGAAAUCACAACAAAUCGAUCGUAAACAUCAACCAGAACACCAACAACAACAACAACAACAAACACAUCGUUAUUCAAUAUUGUCCUCUGAUUCAUUAUAUAUAAUGAAUAGACCAACUAUUCAAUCACCAUCAACUCCAUCAUCUUAUCCUGAAUCAAAUGAUUUCUCGAAUCAUUUUAUUCUAUUAUAUUGUGAACGUAUUUUAAUAUUUUUUAGUUAUUUAUUUUUAUUUAUUACAUUACCAUUUUCAUUAAUAUUUUGUUUCUAUGUUAUAAGACAUUAUGAAAGAGCGGUAAUAUUUCGUUUAGGUCGUUUAUUAUUAAAUGAUUCAAUUGGUCCAGGUUUAUUAUGUAUUAUACCUUGUUUAGAUGUUGUACAACGUGUUGAUUUACGUACAUUUACAUUUGAUGUAUUCACACAAGAUGUAUUAACUAAAGAUUCUGUAACUGUUACUGUUCAAGCUGUUGUAUAUUAUCGUAUAUUUAAUCCAAUUUUAUCUAUUGUUAAUGUUAAAAAUGCUUAUUAUUCUACACGUUUAUUAGCUCAAACAACAUUACGUAAUGUAUUAGGUACAAUAGAUAUGUGUGCAUUAUUAACAGAACGUGAACAUAUAGCUGAAUUAAUGCAAGAAACAUUAGAUUCAUCAACUGAUAUAUGGGGUAUGAAAGUUGAACGUGUUGAAAUUAAAGAUGUACAUUUACCAUUACAAUUACAACGUUCUAUGGCAGCUGAAGCUGAAGCAACACGUGAAGCAAAAGCUAAAAUUAUUUUAGCAUUAGGUGAAAAAGAAGCAUCAACUUUAUUAAAAUCAGCUGCAUUAGAAAUAAAUAAUUGUCCUAUUGCAUUACAAUUACGUUAUUUACAUACAUUAAAUUGUAUAACUAAUGGUAAACAAUCAACUAUUAUAUUUCCUAUACCAAUUGAAUUCAUUCCAUUAGUAAAAAAUUAAUUAUCUGAUUAUCCUUACUUAUUUUAAACAUCAUUAUAAUAGAUUUGUAUAAUCAGUGAUUAUUACAAUCGCAAUCAUUAUAUUGUAUUAUGAAUUGAACCAAUGGGAUUCUGUGUGUGUGUGUGUGUGUGUGUGUGUGUGUGUGUGUGUGUGUGU